GACGAGAUUAGAGAUUGUCAGCGGGCGGGGCGACCUCAACUUGCACUUGCCGAUUCCCAAACUGCUGCGCUGCUGCCUUACCCCAUUUCCCUCCAUCGAAUUCCUCUGUUCAUCCAGCAUCUCAGAGAUAUACAUACAUACAUAUGGCUUCGCUUAUGCAAACGUUCCCACCAUCAUCAGCUCUAGCAAUCCCUUCCCCUUCCCCUUCCCCGCCUGCGACUCUCGCUCUUACUUCGCUCUUCAGCUGGAAGGCGGCUACCGUGCGAGCGAACAGGCUCAUUCAUUCCUCUUAUAUAAAUACUUCUUUCCGGAGCGUUUCCACUGCAAAGCCCCGUGGAUUUACGGUGAAGGCCUUUUUUCCCAAUCCCAACGAAGAACCCAUUCUCAAGGAGGCGCUCAAGGUAGGUGUAAACAAACUUAUCCUACUUGAGGCAAUUCUUCCUAUUGAAGCUGCAUGAGGUGCGGAUAUUCUCUAAGUUGCCAAAUUUCUAGAUUGCACAUGCUUCUUUAGAUUGGUUAGAUCUUUGGGUGACAGAUGCCUCAAAUAUUGACGCGAUGGAAGAAAAUCAGCAAUUGAGGUUGCAGAAAGCUCUUUCGAUUAAGGUUAAAAAUAGAGUAUUAGAGGGCGAAGGUUGGCGAUGAAGGCACAGCCGGAAUGCUACAAUGGAGUCAAUUAUAUUGUUCUUUUUUAUUCAAGCUCUAAUACCACUUUGAAAAUGAAUGGAAAAAUGAUUUUUAUUCAAUCUGGGCUAUUGCGAGUUACAGUAGAAAAUAAAAAGGAAAUAAUCUAACUAAUGUCCAGGUUCUAGCCAUGAAAUCUUUCUGCUUCAUAGUAGCUGGUGUCUUUAAUCUCAAUCAAGAUUCUCAUUCUCUUUCGCCCCCAUUCAUGAGUGUCAGAAUGUAUUUUCAAUAUAUUAGUAUGAUGUAAUAGUGAAGUGCAUGUUUCUGCUGUGUAUGCGGGCGUAUCUGUACUGUAAUUAAGGAGAUGAUCUGACAUGACAUCUGUGUAUGGGCGAGCUCAUUAUAUCUUUUCUUUGAGGCAGCUAGCUAUUCAUUG